AUGGCGACGAUUCCAGCAGAAACAGUACCCGUUGGUGAACUUUGUAGCCGCGUGAACGCUUCCUCCCUUCAUUCCUCAGGGGUAUUCAGCAAGCUAGCGGAAGUAAAUGCGGCCCAGCAGCCGGAACAACGCUUCCCAAACCCUUCCAUGCCAACUGAUUGUCACCACAGGCCUCCUGCGCAUCUUCGCGUACCCAGUGAGACUGAGAGGCCACAUUCCAAUGGUGUAGAUGCAUCAGGCCUGUCCGACUUAUUCGUAGGGCUGCUCUCUUUGCCAAAAGGCGUUCGGUGGCCUCCGGCUGUACCCCGCCAAGACGCACCAAGCUCGCAUUUCUGGCAAUCCGACGGAUCUUUCAGUUGCGACUGGGCGGCCCUCAAAGCAGGAGAGGCAUUCUGCGCAUCUGUCAAUGCCACGUGCGCAUUCUGCUUGUCUCGUGCCCUAGGGGGCCCGUCGGCAAUGAUAUCGGCACUGCUGAGCAAACUCCGCGCAGGAGCAAAGACGGCAGUUGAGGAGGAAAUUUCCCACCUUAUUCAGGCCGUUAAGACCUCCGCUGCCAAUGCUGCAGCAGAAUCUGGGCCAGACUGCAGCGACCAACAGCAGAAUUCAGAGGAUGUGACGCAACAACUCCUUAAGCAUCCUGCACUACAGGCAGUUGCGUUCAUGAGUGUACACGAGCGCCGGAUGGCAGUUUUCGAGAUAUGGCUAGACCGUUGGCAGGUUCUUUCACGGGGCUACCACUGCACAUGCGGCAGCGCCGAGGCGGCAGAUGAAAAUUUGACUCAGAUGGCAUCAGACGUUACUAGCGUGCAUGAUGAGCAAGUCGACGCAAAGGCUGCAAUCGAAGAGCUCAGAGGCCGAGUUGUUCGACAACGCGAAGAGUCACGCAAAGCGUAUCAAGAGGAGGAAUCCGUUGUCUCUGAGGCCAGAAGUCUUUCAAUAGAAUUGGUGAAGAAGCAGCAGCAGCUGCUCCUCGCUACUGAAAGGGUUAAGGCCCUCGAAACGGUUCGCCGAGAUCCCACUUUCAGGAUCAUGGAAAGCGCACAACGGCAGCCACCAUCCGCAUCUCCUGACAGCCUCUUGUCGACAGGCAAAGAAUGCCUGAGUUUCAUUGCCGAUAAAUGCAAUAAACUGGCUAGCCUGGCGCAAUUGAUGCAGCAACAGCCCAAUCAACCGCAGACAGAAGGGCAGCUGCAACUCAGCAGGGAGGCUGCCCAAGCUGUCACUGUUGCUGGGGACGCCGAUGACGCGGAGGAGGACACCUGGCUAUUCCGGACUUUGCGCGGGUUACAGACACCCCAUGCCUCUAUGCAUUCCCCUCAAUCACAGCGCGCCCGCGCUUCGAGUCUAGCCUCCGUUACGCAUGCAAAAGAUGGCGCGAACGGUCGAGUCGUAGAGCGCCCCGUAUGUGAGCUCAGCGGCUGCGAUGCUGGAGUGGGAAAACUAAGACAACUACCUGCCGAUGACCGAAUGGUUUGUGCCCGUCUGAACAGAGCUGCCGGAAGCGAGGCCUCCGCUAGCCCAGCAUCGAGGCUAGCAUCGCCAGCCUCCCCUGACAGCCGUCACAGCAUCAAAGCUCCACCAGAGCCAGGGAGCAACAAACGAGCACGAAGGCCCGACAAACUGGCGCUAAGAAGCCGACGGAAGCCAGGGCUACUUCCUUCUAUGAGGCACGCUGAACUGGACAUUGGCACGGACGUCUCAUGGCAACCUGCGGAGCACAGAAGAGAAACAAACGUAUUGCAGGACGCUGUCUGGAUUGACUCAUUCUUGCGUAGACGCCCGGAUGCCUAG